AUGAGGUCGCUUCUGCCCCGUCUCGGGUCUUUGGCCCGUGUUCCCAUCGCUUACUCAAGAACCCCUCUCACAUGCCGCCGCCUCUUCCACUAUUCGGUCCCUGCCCUCCAGGACAACAAGUCGUCCUCGGACUGGUCCUCCAUCACCGGCUCAUCUUCCUCUUCUUCGUCUUUGUCUGAUUCUAGUUCCAGCACCAACAAUGAGGAGAAAAAGAUCACCACGACCACGACCACAACUACGAAGCGGCGCACCCCGCCCUUGAAAAACUCUCUGCACCGCGUCGCCAUCGUCGCCCAAAAGGGUGUCCCGACUAAGCCGCCCUCCCCAACCGCCGCCGAGCCCUCUCGCGGCCGCGACGGCACCAACACUAUCAGCGCUGUCUGCAUGGCCGAGUCCUUCGACAUGGACGCCGUCGUCGACAUCCUCAAGAACCACGGCUUCGAUCUGGACCCGGAUAACACGGGCUUCGAGCUGCACGAGGUGGUGCACGCACGGGGAUUCAAUAAUGGUGACAUUUUCGUGUUCCCCUCCGGCACCGUCGUGACCUGGGGCUUGCCGCAUGAUGUGAUUGAUACCCUGGCGGCAAAGCAUUUGUUGCCUGCUGCGCAGACGCCGUAUCAAGCCGAGGACAAGGAGAUCGAAGAUCUCGACUUCCUCGUCGACCCGGAGCAGGAGGAAUCCAGCGUCAGCGGGUCCGUCGUCGUGCUCGGCACCCGUCGUGAAGUGAAGACCGGCGAUAAGCUGGAUACAACCCUCGCCAAAAUCGCUUUCUCCUCCGGCCUGGCCCGCUCCACCAAGCUCGCCGUCCUCGAGUCUUCCCUAACUCGGUAUCUCGAAAGCACGCGACACAUCCCAGACCGCCUGUCCCAAGGCCUCAAAGCCCCCUUAUCGCGAGAACUCAUCCUCCAAAAAGCCGGCGAACUCCUCAACCUGCGCAGCCAGCUCAACCACUACCACGACCUGACCGAUGCGCUGCCUGACAUCUUCUGGGACAGCGAAGAGAAGCUCGAGACAUACUACGCCAAGAUCGGGAAAGCCCUCGACGUUGGCGUGCGCAUCAAGACGCUGAAUGACAAGAUGACGUACGCACAGGAGGUGGUCAAUGUUGCGCAGGGCGUGCUGGACAUCAGCGAGAAGAUGACCAGCGAGGCGCACAGUACCAGGCUUGAGUGGAUUAUUAUUGGGCUGAUUGCGAUCGAGGUCGUGUUUGAGCUGCGCAGGGUGUAUAUGGAGAGGUAUGAUGUCUUCCAGGAGGAGUUGUUGACGGAGUUGAGGGGAUUGAGGGAGGAAUCUAAGCAGCUUACCGCGGUUGCUUCAACGAGAAAAUAA